AUGGGGACUUGUGUGUGUGUGCUAGUGUGGGGACUCGUAUGGGCACUUGUGGGGACUCGUAUGGGGACUUGUGGGGACUCGUAUGCAGACUUUGUCUCGCUGGCUCCCCUCCCCUCACGGCAGGGCAUCUGGAGUAAAGCGCGUCUGCUGCUGCCGUACGUCUGGCCCCGGGGCUCGGUGUGUCUGCAGAGCCUGGUGCUGCUGUGUGUGGGGCUGCUGUUGACCGAGCGCCUGGUGAACGUCCUGGUCCCCGUGUUCUCCAAACACAUCAUAAAUGAUUUGUCUGUUGGAAGUAACUGGACUUCGCUUGUUCCUUCUGUGUGCAUCUACACACUGCUAAAGUUUCUACAGGGAGGUGGCGCUGGUACAUCUGGUUUUAUUAGUAAUCUGCGUCAGUUUUUGUGGAUCAAAGUGCAGCAGUUCACCAGCAGAGGCGUCCAGGUGGGCUUGUUUUCACACCUGCACGCUCUGUCUCUUCGGUGGCAUCUGGAUCGCAAAACCGGAGAUGUUUUGAGGAGCAUUGACCGGGGCACAUCAUCCAUUAACAACCUGCUGAGCUACAUCCUGUUCAGCAUCCUCCCCACCAUCUGUGACAUCAUCAUCGCCAUUGUUUACUUCAGCUCUUAUUUCAGCCUCUGGUUCGGCCUCAUAGUUCUGACCUGCAUGGCUCUUUAUCUCAUGUGUACAGUCGUCAUCACAGAGUGGAGAACCAAAUACAGGAGGGAGAUGAACGAUCAGGACAACAAGGCCAAAACUCGAGCUGUGGACUCUCUGCUCAACUUUGAGACGGUCAAAUAUUUCAGUGCGGAAAAGUAUGAGGUGCACUGUUUUGAAAAGGCUGUUCAUAGAUUCCAACAGUGUGAGUGGAAGAGCUCGGCGUCUUUGGCUUUAUUAAACCAAACCCAGAAUGUGAUCAUAGGCUCCGGUCUGCUGGCCGGGUCACUGCUGUGCGCUCACCUCGUCUCAGAACGACAGUUUCAGGUGGGAGACUUUGUUUUAUUUGGGACGUAUAUUAUCCAGCUCUAUACUCCACUCAACUGGUUUGGGACUUACUACAGACUGAUUCAAAGUGCAUUUGUUGACAUGGAGAAUAUGCUGGAUCUGCUGACGGAGCAGGUGGAGGUCCAGGACGUGGCUGAAGCUCAGGAUCUGAAGCUCACUUCAGGACGAGUGGAGUUUGACCAAGUCUGUUUCAGUUACGUCCCAGGGCAGGAAGUUUUAAAAGAAGUGACUUUUGCAGUUGAACCUGGACAGACAGUGGCUCUGGUCGGGCCUUCAGGAUCAGGGAAGAGCUCCAUACUCCGUCUGCUGUGUAGACUGUAUGAUCUUCAGAGCGGCUGUAUUCGUAUCGAUAAUCAAGACAUUUCCAAGGUUUUGCAGUCCUCUCUGAGAGGGUGUGUUGGAGUGGUUCCUCAGGACACAGUGCUUUUCAAUGACACCAUCGGAAACAACAUCAGGUUUAGCCGGAUCACGGCGAGCCAGCAGGAAGUGGAGCUGGCGGCCGCAGCGGCGGACAUUCACUCCCGGAUACUGGAGCUGCCUCAGGGUUAUGACACAGAGGUGGGAGAGCGCGGCUUGAAGCUCAGCGGAGGUGAGAAGCAGAGAGUGGCCAUCGCUCGGACAGUCCUCAAGCAGCCGCAGAUCAUCCUGCUGGACGAGGCCACCUCCUCCUUGGACACUCAAACAGAGAGAAACAUCCAGGCUUCUUUGGCCAAGAUCUGCACCAACAGGACGACGAUAGUCGUGGCACACAGGUUGUCCACUAUUGUAGAAGCAGACCAGAUCCUAGUGCUUCACUCUGGCCAAAUAAUUGAAAGAGGAAGACAUGAAGAGCUGCUGACCACGAGAGGUCUGUACGCCGCGAUGUGGACCCAACAACACACGACUCCACACUGA